UCAGCUGUCAGUUUCAAAAUGUCAAAAGGUCUCAACGUGGUUUUUCGCCGGAUGGUGGAAUUUUUCGAAUUACACUUUUAUUUUGAUUAUAAUAAUAUUUUAAAAGAAUGGGCGACGUCGAUAGUCAGAAACUAUCAAAAAAUGAGCUGAAGCGAAGACUGAAGGCUGAACAGAAGGCCAAGGAAAAAACCGAAAAAGCAGCCGCUGCUCCACCCGUCAAGACCGAAACGGUUAAAAAAGACCUGGAAGACAUCAGUCCGAACGAAUAUUAUAAGUUAAGAACAGCCGCUGUAGCAAAUUUAAAGUCUAUGGGAGGUGACCAGCAUCCGUACCCUCACAAGUUCCACGUUUCAACGUCUUUGACCGAAUUUAUCGAGAAAUACUCCACGCUAAAAGAGGCCGACAUUUUAGAAAAUGAUAAACUUAGUGUUGCCGGUCGUGUUCACGCGAUUCGAGCCUCAGGUGCUAAACUAAUCUUCUACGAUUUGCGCGGUGAAGGCACCAAACUCCAGGUGAUGGCCACGGCUAAAUAUUUCGAAAGUGAAGCAGCAUUUUUAGAAGACACUGAUAAAAUUAGAAGGGGCGACAUAAUCGGUGUUGAAGGAAUGCCAACAAGGACUAAAAAGGGUGAACUUUCUAUUAUUCCUACCCGAAUUAAGUUACUCUCUCCCUGUCUGCAUAUGUUACCCCAUUUACAUUACGGUCUUAAGGAUAAGGAGACCCGCUUCAGACAGCGGUAUCUUGAUUUAAUCUUGAACAAUAACGUAAGGAAGAUUUUCGAAAUCCGAGCCAAAAUUAUAGCAUACAUAAGAAAGUUUUUCGAUGGGUUAGGAUUUUUAGAGGUGGAAACGCCUAUGAUGAAUAUGAUAGCGGGCGGUGCAACAGCUAAACCAUUUAUUACACAUCAUAACGAGCUUCAUUUAGAUUUAUUUAUGAGAAUCGCGCCAGAAUUGUACCACAAAAUGCUGGUGGUUGGUGGUAUGGAUCGGGUUUAUGAGAUAGGAAAACAGUUUAGGAAUGAAGGUAUUGAUUUAACUCACAAUCCUGAGUUUACGACAUGUGAAUUUUAUAUGGCGUAUGCGGAUUACAAUGAUGUGAUUACUAUUACCGAGACUCUGUUGUCGGGUAUGGUGUACAGUAUUCAUGGCACUUACAAGAUCAAAUACCAUCCAGAUGGUCCGGAGGGUGACGAAUACGAAAUAGACUUUACUCCUCCCUUUAAAAGGAUUCCCAUGAUUCCUACGCUGGAGAGGGAGUUAGAUACAAAGUUUCCCCCUGCCGAAGACUUGAAUAGCGAUAAGGCGGCGGCGUUUUUGAGCGAUUUAUGUAUCAAGCACAAUGUGGAGUGUCCGGCGCCCAGGACAUCGGCCAGGCUGUUGGAUAAGUUAGUGGGAGAGUUUAUAGAAGAGCGAUGUAUUAAUCCGACGUUUAUUACGGAGCAUCCUCAAGUAAUGAGUCCACUAGCAAAAUGGCACAGAUCUAUCCCAGGCCUGACUGAACGUUUCGAACUAUUUGUCAUGAAAAAGGAGAUUUGUAACGCCUACACGGAACUGAACGAUCCGAUGGUGCAGAGGCAGAGGUUCGAGCAGCAAGCGGCAGACAAAGCUGCGGGAGACGACGAAGCUCAACUGGUGGAUGAAAACUACUGCACGGCACUGGAGUACGGACUACCGCCCACCGGUGGGUGGGGCUUGGGCGUCGACCGACUCACUAUGUUCUUAACGGACAACAAUAAUAUCAAAGAAGUAUUACUGUUCCCUGCCAUGAAACCAGACGAUCCCAACAAGAACAAAGAAACCGAGAACGAUCUUGAAGAACAGGAAAAGAAAUAAAACUAAAAGGUUUACUUUAAGUAUUUAUUUUAUUAAGUAUUUUUGAGCAAAAAAAUAUAUUUAUCAAAAUUA